AUGGAGCAGCCUAGUGAGAACGUUGGUACGUCUGCUAAGAAAUUAUCUGCAAAUAAUUCAGAUGAUAUUGAAGUGAAUCCUAGUGUUGGAUACAGGAUGAUAGACUUUUUGACAGUGUUUACAGCAAUUUCUCAAUAUGAAGAAAGCUGCUCAAGAGGAAAAAGAAAAACCGAUGAAUCGAGUAACUCCGGAGGAAUAGCUGUGUCCGGUGAUGGAUCAUGGCGAAAACGAGGAUUCUCGUCGCUUUUUGGAUUCGUCUCGCUAAUUGGAUGGAAGACUGGUAAAGUUGUGGACGUUUCGGUAAAAUGUAAGUACUGUAAAGCAUGCGAAUUUUGGAAAACGAAGGAAGGUACAGCAAAUUACGAGGAAUGGUUGGAAACCCAUGCCGACGAAUGCCAAGCUAACCACGAGGGCUCUUCGGGCCUCAUGGAAGUCAAUGCUGUUUGCGAAAUGUUCCAGCGCUCUAAAUCUUUACACAACCUGAAAUAUACUAGCUAUAUCGGAGAUGGAGACUCUAAGACAUAUACGGGUAUUGUAAAUUCAUCACCUUAUGAAGAUUCGAUUGUCCAGAAAAAAGAGUGUAUCGAUCACGUCCAGAAACGCAUGGGUACGCAUCUCCGGAAUUUAAAAAAGAAAACAAAGGGCCUCGGCGGAAAAGGUAAACUAACUGGCAAAUUGAUCGAUGAACUGUCAAUUUAUUAUGGUCUAGCGAUACGCAGAAAUCAUGAUUCUGUAGAGAAAAUGAGGACUGCGAUCUACGCAACGCUAGAUCACAAAUUAUCAACAGAUGCCAAGCCCAAGCACGAUCACUGCCCGAGCGGAGAAAAUUCGUGGUGCUCGUGGCAAAGGGCCAAGGCCACUGGAACUUUGGACAAAUAUACACAUAAACCACCUUUACAUGAAGAAGUGUACAAG